CACCCACACAACACAAAACCCCACCGUUUCCUCGCCGUUUUCACGGCCCUCCCCUCGUCGUCUCGUCUCAUCCUCAACGCCACCACCACCCACCCUGCACUCCCCCUUCUUUAUUCCCCCGCACAUGCCAUUGCCAUCGCCAUUGCCAACCUCACCCUGCUCCUCUCCAUCUCCUCCCUCUCCAUUGUCAACUCGCCUCGGUUCCUUCAUGUCGCCGGCGACGACGGCUGAGUAGAGGUAACAGCGGCGGCGGCGGCGAUGGAGGGGAGGUGGGUGGUGGUGUUUUGGGUUUUGGUGGUGAUGUGCCGUGGCGCGUGCGGGCUGAACGCGGACGGGGUGCUGCUGCUGUCGUUCAAGUACGCGGUCACCGCCGACCCGCUCGGCGCGCUCGCCGGGUGGGGGUACGCCGACGAGUCGCCGUGCGCGUGGAACGGCGUCGUCUGCAACGGCUUCCCGCAGGCCGACGCCGCGGCGGCGUGGACGGCCAAUGUCACCGGGGUGGCGGCGGCGGAGGGGGGCAACUCGAGCGCCGCUGUCCCCGUGCCGUCGAACGGCACGGCGGCGGCGGCGGCCGGGCUCGGCGUCAACGCGUCGCUGGCGGCGGCGGCGACGGUGUCGCGGGUCAUCAGCCUCGUGCUGCCCAACGCGCAGCUGUCCGGGUCGCUGCCGCCCGAGCUGGGCCGCGUCGAGCACCUCCGCCACCUCGACCUCUCCGGGAACAGCCUCAACGGCAGCUUGCCGCCGACGCUGCUCAACGCGACCGAGCUCCGGGUGCUCUCGCUCGCCGACAAUGACAUCUCCGGCGUGCUCCCCGACGGCGGCUCCGUGCCCUACUCGCGCAGCCUCCAGGAGCUCAACCUGUCGAACAACGCGCUCGCCGGGCGCCUUCCGCCCGCUCUCUGCAGGCUCCCGAGCCUCGCCGUGCUUGGCCUCGCCAACAACUACCUCGCCGGCGAGCUCCCCAUCGGCGGGCUCGCCGCCUUGGAGGUCGUCGACUUGAGCGCCAACUACUUCAAUGGCUCCCUCCCGUCCGACUUCGGCGGGAGCCGGCUACGAUUCCUGAACAUCUCGUCGAACAAGCUCACCGGCGCGCUACCCACCGAGCUGUCCGCCGUCGUGCCGGCGAACUCGACGGUCGAUCUGUCGCACAACAACUUCACCGGCACGGUGCCGCAGGCCGGCCCGUUCGCCGUGCAGCCGGCGGCGGCGUACGAGGGCAACCCGGAGCUGUGCGGGCCGCCGCUGAAGAAGAUGUGCUCGAUCCCGUCGUCGCUGUCGAACCCGCCGAACGCCACCGACUCGCCGCCGGCGUUCGCGGCCAUCCCCAAGAACCCGACCCGCCCAUCUCCGGGAGCCCAGGCGCAGGCGCCGCGCGGGCAGGAGAAGCUCCGCCCCGCGGCGAUCCUCGCCAUCGUCGCCGGCGACCUCGCCGGCGUCGGGCUCCUCUUCAUGCUGUUCCUGUACAUCUACCACAUCAGGAAGAAGAGGCGGCAGCGGCGGCACCAUCAUCAUCAGCAGCAGCAGGAUUCGCCGCUGCAGCACAAGAGCAACCGAGCAAUCGGCGACGUCAAGACGCUCGACAUCGCCGGAGCCAGAGAAGAGAAGGCGUCGACGUCCACAGGCUGCUGCAUUGGCCGCAAGAACGACAGCUCGGACGAGAGCUCCGACUGCUCGGCGUCGUCGGGGGCGGAGACCUCCGACGACGACGACGACGGCGACCUCAAGAAGCGGAGCAUGAGCUUCAUCGGCCGGAGCACGCCGCAGCAUCACAGCAAGAAGCACGACCACCCUCAUCAUCAGGCGGCGGCGGCGCCGCCGGCGCCGGCGACGCUGGUCACCGUCGACGGCGACGGCGAGCUGGAGAUGGAGACGCUGCUGAAGGCGUCGGCCUACAUCCUCGGCGCCACCGGGUCGAGCAUCGUGUACAAGGCCGUGCUCGCCGACGGCACGGCGCUCGCCGUCCGCCGCAUCGGCGAGAGCGGCGGCGCCGACAAGCUCAAGGACUUCGAGGCGCAGGUCCGCGCCGUGGCGCGCUUCCGCCACCCGAACAUCCUCCGCCUCCGCGGCUUCUACUGGGGCGCCGACGAGAAGCUCCUCAUCCAUGACUACGCCACCAAUGGCAGCCUCGCCAACAUCGCCUUCAGCAGGCGGUUCGGGGCGUCGUCGCCGCUGCAGCUGAGCUUGGAGGCGCGGCUGCGGAUCGCGCGCGGCGUGGCGCGCGGGCUGGCGUUCAUCCACGAGAAGAAGGGGGUGCACGGCAACGUGAAGCCGAGCAACAUCCUGCUCGGCGCCGACAUGGAGCCGUGGAUCGGCGACUUCGGCCUGGACCGGCUGCUCUCCGGCGAGGCCGUGCACCGGAGCACGGGCGCGUCGGCGAGGCUGUUCGGGAGCAAGCGCUCGAUGCACUCGACGAGCAGCCUGCCCGACCUGUCCCAGAUGCCCGGCGCCGGCGCCAGCCCAUGCGGGUCGUCGUCUGCGGCGACGUCGGCCGCAGCCGCGGCCGCGCCGCCGCCGUACCAGGCGCCGGAGUGCCUCAAGAACCUCAGGCCGAACACCAAGUGGGACGUCUACUCCUUCGGCAUGGUGCUCCUGGAGCUCCUCUCCGGGAGGGUCUACUCGGAGGUGGAGCUCUGCCAGUGGCACGCCGGGUUCGUCGUCGAGGAGCGGAGCCGGCUGCUCCGCAUGGCCGACCCGACGCUCCGCGGCGAGGCCGACGGCAGGGAGGACGCCCUGCUCGCCUGCUUCAAGCUCGCCUUCGCCUGCUGCGCCAUGGCGCCCGGCAAGAGGCCCGCCAUGAGGGACGCCGUGCUGGUCCUCGAUCGAAUACCUUGUUCGUCUUCAUCUGCCUCAACCACCACCACCACCACCGCCGCCGCUGCCAUUCCUUGAUCCAGUGAAUUGAAUGCCAAUGACGACAAUUAUCAAGGAGGCUGGAUGGUCCAAACAACAACAACCACCCCCAAAAAAGAAGGAAAAAAGAGGACGAGAUCUUUGUGUGUUAGGAGUGUGUAGAUUUGUGUCACUAAUUUUGAUCCCUGUGAUUAACCUCGCGAGAGAGAAAAAAGACCUUAGCUGAUGGAGUGCUGAUCUAGUAGUGAUCUUGUAAUCUGUUGCCUCUGAUUUGUAAUGUGAUUGUUACAACCCUUGCAUUGCAAACUUGCAAUCGCA